AUGUUUUACAUACGAAAAACUUGGGCUAUCUUAAUAAUUCUUUUGGGGGCACAAUUUAUUGGACUUGGUUUAUUUUCCAAAGGAUUUUUUCCUUACAAAAAAAUUUUAUCGGGAUUCGCGAAAAUUGAAGAUUUACCGCGAUAUCCUAAUGGAAAAGAAGCGUUACCACCUGAACCAUUAUUUGAUAAAUUAGUCUUUAUGCUUAAUUCUGGCAUGGAAUUCGUGAAAAGUCUUAUAGAAAGCCAUCGAGCAAUUCCUUAUACAGCACAUGCGUCAGCUCCAACUGUUACAUUACCACGAAUAAAAGCACUCACUACUGGAACAGUUCCGAAUUUUUUAGAUGCAAUUUUCAAUAUUGCAGAAUCUGAUACAUCAUCAUUGGAAUUUCAAGAUAAUUGGUUGACACAGUUGAAAAACGCGAGAAAUAAGACAAUCUCAUUUUUUGGUGAUGAUACGUGGAUAAAUCUUUUUCCCGGAAUUUUUAAAGUUACUGAUGGGACUUCAUCUUUAUUUGCUACUGAUACAGUAGAAGUAGAUUUAAAUGUCACAAGAAAUGUUGUUCCGCAAUUGUUAUCACCAGAAUGGGAUGCUUUGAUAUUUCACUAUCUUGGUUUAGAUCAUAUUGGACAUUCAAGUGGACCAUAUAGUCCAUUGAUGAUACCAAAACAACGAGAAAUGGAUAAUGUAGUAAAAACAAUCUUUGAGAUUAUAGUAAAACAGGAUGAAAUUAGAAUUGAAAAAAAUGAAAAUGCCAAACCAACUUUAUUCGUAUUAUGUGGAGAUCAUGGAAUGAAUGAGGCCGGAAAUCAUGGUGGUUCAUCAAUUGGUGAAACGUCAACGGCAUUUGUCUUUAUGAGUUCAAAAUUCAAUUAUAUGAAUUAUAGGAAUAAUAUGGAUUAUAAAGAUCAUACGGAUAAUUAUCGUUCAUUAAAAUUCUAUAAAGUAGUAAAUCAAAUUGAUUUUGUACCAACAUUAUCAUUUGCAUUUGGAAUUCCUAUACCAAGAAAUAAUUUGGGAAAGGUUAUGCUUGACGUUUUCGUCGAUAUUGAUCCUUUAGAAAGAUUACGAGCAUUACAAUUAAAUGCUCAUCAAUUAUCUGGUAUACUUUUAACACUAUGGAAUUCGUUUGCACGAGAUCCCGAAAAAAUCGAGGAAAUCGAAAAAAUCGAGAAACUUUGUAAUAAUUCUGAUAAAGAUGAAGAGACAAGAUUACAAUGCUUGUAUUUAUUUGCUUAUUAUUUUCACUCAAAAGCACUUGAAUUUCUUGAUGAGGAAUCAAUCGAAAAUGCAUCAUUAUUUUAUGAAGAAUUUAUUACCGAAGCAAGUUCUCUCUUAUCUUCUAGUUCGAGUGAUUAUAAUAUUGAAUCUAUGUGUUGGGGAUUACUUUUCAUGGGAUUUGCAUCCAUCAGUUUUAUCAUGAUUUUAACGAUUGGAUUUUGUGUUACAUUGUUUACAAGUAGUUUUAUUGAAGAAGAACAUCAAUUUUGGUAUUUUUGGAUGCAGACAACUUGGUUUGGACUUUUGUUUAACAGAUUAACAUUGAUAUCUCUGGGUCAGAUGAUACUUGUACGAUUAAUUCGUAGUUGGAAUCAAACAGGUGGUUUUCAAUUAUUUCAAUCAACCACAACUAAUUAA